AUGGCGUCCUCUACUGUGACAACUUACAAAGCCUUUGCGUCUGAACGUGCCAUUGGCAACCCAGCCGGAGUUAUCAUCCUUCCCAACCCAAGUGAUGAUGCAGGAUACGACCAAGACGCAGACUUUCCGUAUGAUAUAUUCCCUCCGGCUUCAAAACUUCAGGAGAUCGCUACGAAGCUGAACUACCCCAUGACAGCUUUCGCAGUCCCUCUCAGCCAAUCCAUUGACUCACCUAAUGCCCCUCACUUCGCCGUGCGCUGGCUCAACCCUUCCAACGAAGCACCGCUCUGCGGCCACGCAACCCUUGCUUUGUCUCAGCAUCUAUUCAGCACUUUGACAAACCCUCCACAGACACUGAAGUAUCUGACUAGGCUUCACGGCAUCGUCUCUGCUUCGCUGUAUCAAAGUCCCUUUCAGGAUGCUAAGCUUGUUGGCAUUGAGUUUCCGGAACUCCUCGACCUUCCUGCUCUAUCGCAAUCGGAUAAAAGAUGGGGACAGCUGCGGAAGCUGUUUGAACAGUCGACUGGGUCGCAGUGGGAAGGUCAUAGUGAGCCCGUUGGCGUGUUUGAAGCGGACCAGUAUCUUCUUCUGGAGUAUAGCCCUGAACUUGAUCUUAGAGGUCUGGUUAUCGAUCCAACCAAGCUUGUGAGUUUCUUCCAGGCUUCACUCAACAAAUUCAUCUACAUCUUCCAAAUCUCGACGUCAGUGUCGGAGCAUAUCCAUACCCGUGUGAUCAAUGCGAUUGGCGACCACGUCGCGGAGGAUGUCGCGACGGGUUCCGCUCACCGAGCUAUUAUCCCGCAUGCUUUGUCCAACGCCGAGACCACCGCGCGACUCAAACAGUAUCACCCCGACUUCAGUGGCAACAUUUUAAAAUGCUUGCAGCAGUCUAGGGAGGGCGGCGAGUUGACUGUUGAGUGGUUGCGCGAUGUUAAGGCUUGUUACUUUUGGACCUUCUAA